AUAUUAGAGGUCAAAGUUCGCCAACCAAAAACUUCAACAUAUUCCCCGAGUGUAGAGGUAUUAUGGGAUAUAUCACAAGGAACUGGUAUCGUAGGUUUAAAGCGAACAGUCACCGAGUCUCUCAUGUUACCUACAGAUCAAAUUCUAAUGGCUAAAUACUUAUACCAGACAUAUGAUUGGUUGAUUAUUAAGGAAAAAGACAAAGCUCCAGGUAAAAAAGGUAAAAAAAAGAGGCAAAAGGUCCAGAAAGUAGACCUCCGUCAAUCUCCCCACUUUAUAGGGGAUGGUGAUAUGAUAGGGGUUAAGAACCUAGAGAUAGACCAGAAUAAUACAGAUUUCAGUACUCAGGAAGAUAUUGAUGGUAAACAACGUCUUCAAAAAUUAGCAGAGGAGAAAAAACAAAGGUACCUUUUCAUUUUUUUUACGGGUUUGAAAAAUAUGAAAAUAUAA